CAAAAGAAGCUCAGCACUGCAGUGGAUUCUUCAACAAUGUGGAAACAGAAAACAUGUUCUCAACAUCAGGAACAGAGAGGACAGAGCUCAGGUCAAGAUGCUUUUUGACAAAAUUGAUGCAAUGAUUGAAGCAAACAGAGGCAGAUAUUAUUCUGUUGAUGAAGCUCAAGGAAAUGUUCUGAGAGAAGUGAUGAAGGUUUGGGCUGAAGGAGCAUCAGAGAGGUUUGAUCAAGUGAAGAAACAAAGAAAUGAACUCAGAGCUCUGAUUGAAGUGGUCAUUUAAAAGCUCUGCAGGCAACACCAUCCUGGGAAAAACUGCAUUUGAUGUAAAUAAUGGUGGCAGAAGAACGACACAAAGUGAAAUCAGUCACAGUUUGGUCGCAGACAGGAGACUGACGGUGGUCGAUUCUCCUGGAUGGCUCUACAGUCACAGCCUUCAGGACACCUGUCAGAUGGACAAACUAGAAAUAGAGAACAGCAUGUAUCUGUGCCCCCCAGGACCACAUGCUGUGCUGCUUGUAAUUAAACUGUCAACUGCAGUUAAUGCAGCAUAUCUGAGAUCUGUUCAGGAACACAUGAGUCUGUUCAGAGAAGAAAUCUGGAAACACACAAUUGUUCUGUUCACCAGAGGAGACUGGCUCGGACUGAAGACUGUGGAGGAGCGUAUAGAGAGUGAGGAAGGUCUGCAGUGGAUUGUGAACAAGUGUGAGAACAGAUAUCAUGUCCUGAACAAGGACCACAGUGGUGAGACUCAGGUAAAGGAGCUCCUGGAGAAGAUUGAAGAGAUGUGGACAGGAAAUAAACAUGCUUAUUAUGAAGUGGAGCUGAGCCGGGCUGCAGAAAUAGAAGCCAAGAAAGAAGCAGGAGACAAGAAGACCAAAAGGAUGAAGAAGAUAAGAGAGAGACAGUCAAGAGUUCUGAAAGAGCUGAGUGAAGACAAGAGGCAGCCGAUCACUGACAUCAGGAUUGUACUUAUUGGACAAAAAUGUUCAGGAAAGAGCAGAACAGGAAACACGAUUCUAUUAGAAAGGAGAUUUGACACAAAUUUACUCAUCAGUCAGAUGAAGAAGGACGARCAGGAUCAGAGAAGAACUACAACCUGUGUGAAACAUGAAGGAAGCUUUGAUGAAGUCAAAGUGACGGUUGUAGAAACACCAGGCUGGUUCAGAGACUCCACACCACCUGACUGGAUCAAAGCUGAAGUUUCCCACAGUGUCUCCAUGUGUGCUCCUGGGCCUCAUGUUUUUCUCCUGGUUGUUCCAGUCCUCAGAUCAUUUACUGAGAAAGAUCUCAAAGAUCUGCUCGAGGUCUUGAUGCCGUUUGCAGAGAGAGUGUGGAGACACUGCAUGGUGCUMUUUACUUAUGGAAACUGGCUCAGUGAACGACCUGUUGAGGAUUACAUCACCAAAGAGGGAAGAUACAUCCAGGAGCUUUUAGAAAAGUGUGACAACAGAUACCAUGUUCUCAACAACUAUAACUUUGGAGAUCCUGAUCCAACCAAAGAGCUGUUCCAGAAAAUUAUUGAKCUGGUAACAAGAAACARGGAAUGCUUCACAACUAAWGAUCAACAGACAACAUUUCAGAAAUUUCUUUGGCAAAAAKCKCUGACAGAAGAMGAAUGGGACAGGAGGGAGCAGCAGCUGAUAGAGAGAAUGAUGAAAGCUUUAGAAAAGGAACCAGAGAAACAAACUGUUCCCUCUGUGAGGAURGCACAAAGCAAGGAUAAUUUUCUCCAUCCUGACAUGAGUGGAGAUGUUGCCUCAGAAUAUGGGAGCYUUUCAGAGUUCAGGAACCYACGAGCUCAUUUCCUCGUCUCUGAUUGGUUGAUGAACAAAGUUAAACCAUCUGAGACCUCCUCUGGGAUCGGCAGCAAUGUUUGUUCCUCAGCAGCUUUAAUGGAGAAAUGUUAUGAACGUCCUCUGACGGCUGAAGAUCAACCAACAAAUACUUCUUUCCCAGAAAAGGAUAAACCUUUUUCUCAUCCAAUGAGCGUCUCCUCAAACACUACAAAGAUUCAGCGCAGGAACUCUUGUUAG